GUCGAGAAACAAGUACAUAUAUAAUAGGAAUCUUACACAAAUAAGGUAACUUCUCUCACCUAGCUAAUUUCGUUAUAUUUUGACACAUUCGUACUUUCUUCAAAAAGAUAUAUAAAUUUCGAAAAGGUCAGAGCAUGUUUAAUGGGGGGAGGUUCUUACGGUGAGGUUUUUAUAAUCCGUCUCUUAACUUUUAACUAAAAAAUUAAGAUCUGGUUCUUAAAUAAUUAUUUGAGAGUUGAAUUUCAACAACUAAUUAGGACAUUUUCGACUUCACUUUAUUUUUCACUCCAAAAUAGAGUUUAAAGUAAAAAUACUUUAAUUCAACUAUAUAUUUCAAUCUAUAACAAAAUAAAACUGAAUUUAUUCUAUAAAUAUAGUAAUUCAUUUUUUGUUCAUCAUUCAAUUUUCUAUCUAAAGUAGAGUGUCAUUUGAAUAUAACUUAGCUGUGUAUUAUAGAGUUACUAUAUUUAAAAAAAAAAAUAGAGUCGACCAUCGGAGAUGGUUUUAGAUUAUUGAGAUUUUUCUAGGGUUUUAAUUACAAUCAAUAUCACCAGGUAAUGGAUCUAACGGAGAUAUAGCUUGUGAUGGGUAUCAUAAAUAUAAGGUUUGUCUAGUGGUCAAUUAUGCAGACAGACGUAAUAUUUGUUAAAAAGUCAGCUAAGCUAUAAGUUUUGGAGAAUGAUAAUGCUGUGUAGGAAGGAGGACGUAAGGCUGAUGUAUGACAUGGGUUUAGAUGCACUCCGACUCUCCAUCUCGUGGUCGCGGCUUAUACCAAGUGGAAGAGGUCCUGUGAAUUUAAAGGGUUUGCGUUUCUAUAAAAAUCUCAUACAGGAGCUCAAAACACAUGGAAUUGAACCGCAAGUUACAUUGCAUCACAAUGAUCUCCCUCAGGCUCUUGAGGAUGAAUACGGAGGAUGGAUCAACCGCAAAAUCAUUGGUGACUUCACGGCUUUUGGAGACGUUUGCUUCAAAGAGUUUGGGAACGCAGUGAAAUUCUGGUCAACAAUUAAUGAGCCCAAUAUAGUAGCAUGGGUAGGUUAUGACUUGGGAUCAGGCCCUCCUAGCCAUUGUUCUCCUCCAUUUGGGAUGGUCAACUGCUCCAAAGGAAACUCCUCCACUGAGCCAUAUAUUGCACUCCAUAACAUGUUGCUUGCACAUGCAUCUACCGCGAGAUUGUAUAAGCAAAAGUAUAAGGCAAGCGUAAUACACACAUACAUAUCCAUGGUUCCUUGAAUUGCUCGAUAUGACUCUCUCUCUUUUUUGAGAUCGACUGUAUAGCACAAGCAGAAUGGAUUUGUAGGUAUAGCCUGUUUUGCAUUCUGGAUGGUUCCUUUUACUAGUUCUGAAGAGGACGAGAUGGCAACUCAGAGAGCCAAAGAUUUCUUACUAGGCUGGUUUGCUGUACACAACUAUCUUGAGUUUAUUUAAAAAAAUUCUUCUUUGGCUGC